AGCGCUUCAGUCGCGUUUCUGUGUCCAGAGCUGACAGGAGCGAAUCUGUGCCAGCAGCAGCAGCAGCAGCUGUGGAGGAGGUGGUUUAAAGCGCCAACUUCAGCCAGUCUGUGGCUGCUUCCCCUGAGGAGUCUCUGCGCUCUGAGGUCCCCAGCGUGGACAUGAAGGAGGAAACAAACAGUAAAACUCCGAUUGAAGCGCUUCUUCAUGAUAUGGACUGAGUGGGAGGCUCCAGCAGCGCGUGGAUUUAAACUCAACCCAGCUCUGGUCUCUGCUCUGAUGUUUUGAAUGGCAGCGGAGAGUGGCGUGGCUGUCCCCGGAGAGGAGCGGAGGAGGUGCGAGCUGGAAUGAAAUGGAGCUGCUGGUCGGACACGUAUGACCGGACAUGGAGGCCUUCGGUGAAGUCAACACCACACAGGAGGAGCUCCGCUUCCUGACCCCGCCUGACGUUGACCCCAACAACCUCGGCUACCAUGAUUACCCGCCAAAUGUCGGCAUCCCUCCCCCGGUCCUGCCCACAGGAUUUGAGGGAGUGAAUUUUCCAGAGGACCCCAUCCGAUUGCUGAGUGUUCAGGUGGUGUUGAUCUUGGCCUACAGCACUAUCAUCGUGCUGGGGGUUCUGGGUAACUCUUUGGUCAUCUAUGUCAUCUAUCGCUUCAAGACACUGCGAACCGUCACCAACUUCUUCAUUGCUAAUUUGGCCAUUGCCGACCUGCUGGUUAACACGCUGUGCCUGCCCUUCACCCUGGUCUACACGCUGCAGGGGGAGUGGAAGUUCGGCAGCACCCUCUGCUUCCUGCUGCCAUACGCCCAGGUCCUCGCCGUGCACGUCUCCACGGUGACGCUCAACGUCAUCGCCUUGGACCGUCACAGGUGCAUCGUGUACCACCUGGAGACCAGGAUGAGGAAAGAUGUGUGCUUCGGGGUGAUAGCGCUAACCUGGGUACUGAGUGCCGUGCUCGCCAGCCCUAUGGCCAUCUUUAGAGAGUAUGGCUCAUUUACGCUGGAGCCAGGGCACACCAUACAGUUCUGUAGGGAGAAGUGGCCUGGUAAAAGCACAGACGGUACCCUCUACAGCAUCUCCAUGCUGAUCCUGCAGUACUUCCUGCCCCUCUCCAUUAUCUCCUUCGCCUACGCCCGCAUCUGGUCCAAACUUCGCGGCCACGUCAGCCCAGCAGAGAGCGGCGUCAACAGCAGCGCCAGCUCUGAGCGACACCGCAGACGCCGCAAAACCACCAAGAUGCUGGUGACCAUGGUGGUGGUGUUUGCCGUUUGCUGGCUGCCCAUCCACGCCUUCCAGCUGGCCACCGACAUCGACAGCUCAGUGCUGGACAUGCGCGACUACCGCCUGCUCUACACCAUCUUCCACGUGAUCGCCAUGUGCUCCACCUUCGCCAACCCGCUGCUGUACGGCUGGAUGAAUCGCAACUACCGUGCCGCUUUCCUCGCCGUCUUCAAGUGUCGCAGAGAGAGGGGCCGUAGCGGCCGGCUGGACAGCAUUCGUCCCGUCAGUGGUGGAGGUGGAGGAAGGGCAAAGAAGAUAGUUUUGGAGACGCAAGAUCCGGUUUCUGCUCACCUGAAUGCCACUGAUGUGUGAUGUCUCAUAAAUGCUUGGUGGUAGAGAAAAAAGGAAGGAGGGAAGUUAGUAAAAGAGGAAAUGUCACAGAAACGGGAGAGAAAAUAGCAACAAUGGAUGGGAAGAAAGCCAGUGUGGGGGGGGUGGGAUUAAAAAGUAUUUAAAACCUGAAAUAGCAGAGGACAUUUAGAUGCUGAAGGAUUAGAGGAAGCAGAUGAAUUAAUGACUUAAAGAGUUGAGGAACAACCGAGGCGGCGUCUUUUUGAAGACGUGACCUUAACAUGAUGGAGAACUCUCAAAAGAGGACGACGAGAGGAGGAGGAGGGGUUCUCUGGGGCAUCGGUUCAAGUCACAUUCAUCUCCAUCUGACAAGUUCAUGAGUGACAGAGUUAAGCCUCGCUGACACAUGAAGGAAGGACUGGAAACAUUUCUGUCCAGCCGAAAACAGGCCUUUCUCUGUCUGAACUUUGCAUUCGAAGCAUUCAUUUAACCUCGAGUGGCUUAUAAAAGUCCCGCAGUCAUCUGAGGAAGGCAGCAAAUAUUUCUGUACGUCACAAAGAAGCGAGUUUGGACAGAGCAGUAGAUGACGGAGGAUGCAAGCUCUCAAAAGUGGUCAGAUUUAACUGGUUUAUAUAGAAAGAGGAAGGUUUUAUUCUUUAGCUGCAUGAGAAGGUGCCAAGGAAGGAGGAGAAACAAGAGGUCUAAGUGAGUCACGAGCUGUGGGAAAAUGAGGCUGCGUGGAAAAAAAACGUCUGAUGUGUUUUAAAUAAACUGGUUUUAAUGAGAAAAGCAGAAAAAAAAAGAUCCCGUGCUUUUAAGCCAACACAUGAAUGUUCAAAAAGAUAAAUGCUUAAGUGACCGAUUUAUUAUUUUUGAUAAAAUGUUCAUUUCCUGCUGUAAAUCAGUAACUUUGUUGUGUCUUGAAAAAGAAAAGUGAGCUCCAGAGGUUCUUUACCCCCAUUUUAUUUAAUGAUAUCUGUGCUUUUAGUCGAGAGCGGAUUCAUACGCAUGGCUGGCUGACCCUUAUUUUACUGAACAAGAGGCAGUUUAAUGAAAAAAUAAAACCGUGAACGUCCCACUGCUCUUAAAUCUUGCCGUAUAAUUUCAGUUGUUUGUUUCUUUUCUACUCCUAUUGAUUUUCUUCUUCUUGUUGCGCAUAUCUAGCAUCUAUUCUGGCCCUAGUAGCAGUUCAAGGUUUUUAGCUGUGGCAGAGGGACAAUUUUUAGGGUCCCCUCCCCCCCUUUUCUGACGCAGAUGGUUGUAUAAUAAUGCAAAUAUCAGUUCCAAAACGAUUUUAAUCCUCUUCGUGCAUAUCCUGCAGCUUAUUGAGGAUGUUUUUUCUUUCUUGCAUAGAUCCGGUAUUUCUCAUUUCUAGCAGUUCUGACAAAUGUCUUGUUAUAAACCUUUCUUUCUGCAAACCCUAUUCUUUGAACCAGAACAGUUAGUGUCUAUGAGCUCAUUAUCUCUGACAACUUACACAGAGACAACUACACUAAUGACACCAGAUUGAUGUUACAUUUUAGAGGCAGAACAAUGAUGGGGACACGCAGACCCCCUCUCGCAUACACACUCAUUAGCUCCCUUAUAUAAAGAUGUGUAAAAAGCCUUAGGGUCAAUUUGGUUUCUUACGCAAAAACAUAAUCUCACACUUAAAAGUCUACAGCGAACAAGGGGUGCUAACAAGUGUAAAUACAUGAUUUCACAGCAAAUUUUAAAUGUCCUGCUUUUUCGACAAUUAGACCAGCGAACAUGACAAUAAGACCAACAAAA